AUGGCUCCCGUUGGCGCGCGCUCGCUGGGAGUGCUGCUCGUCGCUGUCCUGGGUUUGACUUCUGGAGCUGAGCUGUCAUUCACUCUGGAGCCCAGUGACAUCAUUGCCGUUCAGGAGCAGCCGCUAAUGCUGCCCUGCCAGGUGGAUGGCGUCCCACCUAUCACCACGCAGUGGAGGAGGAACGGCAAGCCUCUACCAGAGGACCACAGCUAUACCAUGCUUCCCAACGGCUCCCUGCUGAUAGGCCACUUCCAGAGGACCAAGUCGGACGGUUCCUCUGACGAGGGAGACUACGAAUGCGUGGCCCAGAAUGCCUUUGGCCUGCUCUUGAGCCGCAAGGCACGAGUACAGGCUGCCACGAUGGCCGAGUUCCAUGUGCAGCCCCAAUCAGUGCACGCAGAGGAGGCAGGUGUAGGCCGCUUCCAGUGUCAGAUCCACGGCCUCCCAGAACCCAUCAUCAGCUGGGAGAAGGACGGACGGCCUGUGGACACCGAGGAUGACAGGUACACCCUGCUGCCCACGGGUGUCCUGCAGAUCACAGGCCUGCACCCUGAGGACAGUGGCUUGUUCUGCUGCGUGGCCCACAACAGUGCCGGCGUCAAGCGUAGCGCCACCGCCAGGCUCAGCAUCUCAGGCACACAGUCUUCCGUUUACAAAGAGCCGAUGAUCGUGGUGGGCCCCGAAAACCUCACACUCACUGUUCACCAAACUGCCAUUUUGGAAUGCGUUGCCACGGGAUACCCACGCCCCAUCGUCUCCUGGAGCCGGCUGGAUGGGCGUCCCAUUGGCGUGGAGGGGAUCCAGGUUCUGGGCACAGGGAAUCUGAUGAUCUCUGACGUCGGAGUGCAGCACUCAGGGGUCUACGUCUGCGCAGCCAACAAGCCAGGGACCCGCGUACGCAGAACUGCACAAGGUCGUCUGGUGGUGCAAGCCCCAGCUGAGUUCAUCCAACCACCCCAAUCUAUUGCACGUCCAGUGGGCACCACGGCCAUCUUCACCUGCCUGGCACAGGGUGAACCCCUUCCACAGCUCACCUGGCUGAAGAAUGGCCAGGUCCUGGAGCCGGGGGGGCACGUCAAGCUCAGGAACAACAACAGUACGCUCACCAUCUAUGGCAUCAGCCAGGAGGAUGAGGCUAUCUAUCAGUGCAUCGCGGAGAACAGCGCUGGCUCCAGCCAGGCGAGCGCACGGCUGACUGUGCUGUGGGCAGACGGCCUUCCGGGGGCUCCCUGCUUACUCCAUGCUGCCGCCGUGUCGCCCACCACCAUCCGCCUCUCCUGGCAGAGGCCGCAGCAGGGCACGCAGGACAUCAUCGGAUACGUGGUGCACAUCCGCAGGACGAUGGACCCAGUGGAGAUGGAGUACCAGGAGGCUGUGGGAAAGGGCACUCUGCAGCAGGUGGUGAGCGACCUCGAACCCUCGACCAGCUACACCUUCUACGUGAAGGCCUACACCUCGCGUGGCGCCAGCAAGCCCUCCGAGUCGGUUGUGGCGAGCACGCAGGGAGAGGCGCCGGCUCCUCCGUCCCUGCUCACUCGGGUGCUGAACUCCACCGCUGUGCAAGCGGUGUGGGAGCCCUCGGGGAAGCUAGGCCAGCAAGGCGGCUUCAAGCUCUUCUACCGCAAGGUGCAAUCGGCCGCGUUCUCCGGACCUCUGACCUUCGCGCGCAACGUCACCCAGUACAACAUCACGCAGCUGGAGUCGGCGUUGGUGUACGAGGUGAAGCUGCUGGCGUUCAACCAGCACGGCGACGGCAACGCCACCGUCCGCUUCGUCUCGCUGAAGGAGCCCGCGGAGACGUCAGCGCCGGAUGCCCCCUGCGAGUGUGCGAGGGAGGAGUCGGCCAAAACGUCCUCCACCGCCAUCGUCAUCGGGAUACACAUCGGGGUCACGUGCAUCAUUUUCUGCGUGCUCUUCCUCAUUUUUGGCUACAGGGGCAGACUGGCAAUGUGCAAAACCCUUCAGGACAGGCUGGCCGCUCCCCGGUCGUCACGCAGCGUACCCGCGGACCCCCCUCCGGCCUCCUCUGGGUCGCACGGCGCCCUGGCUGCGAACAGUGAUGGCGGAGGCAAGGCGAGGGGAGACGUCAGCGAGCUGGAGAGGCUUUUCCCCAGGACUUGUCAGGGAGGCAGUGUGAGCGCUUCCCGUCCACUGGAUGAGUCUCAGGUGUCCACUCUGUCUCUGGAUGAGUUCAGCCUUGAGCCAGAGGGAGAAACUCAGUUCCAGGAGGUGCCAGAAGACGGCAGGCUCUCGGAGGGGUGA